GGGGCAUGAACCGCCCCGCGGCCCCGCCGCGCCCCCGCCGCCCGCCGCCGCCCGCCAGGGGCUAGAGGCGGCCGCCGGGAGGGCGCGCGGCGCCGGAGACAUGUCCAGGAGGAAACAGAGCAACCCCCGGCAGAUCAAGCGUUCCCUCGGAGACAUGGAGGCCGGAGAAGAGGCCCAGGCCGUGGACACCAGCCUCCCUGAGCAGGAGGCCACAGCCUCUGAGCCGGCGGCCGCGACAGAGCCGGAGCCCCCAAGCUCCCCCGCUGCAGGUGAUAACCCCCCGCCACUCCCACCGCCACCACCCCCCACGUCCCCAGGAGGCCCCCAGGAGAUGGAGGGGCAGGAGCCAGAGGCGAGGCUGGAGGAGGAGGCCGGCAGCUCCUGGAGCGGGCCAGACGAGCUGGAGCUGGUGCCGCAGGACGGGCAGAGGUGCGUGCGGGCUCGAUGUAGCCUCGCCGAGGGCCUGUCCUGGGGCCCAUUCCGCGGGAGCAUCCAGAGCAGAGCCUCGUCCCCCGGGCAGGAGGAACCGAGCCCGGCCCUUGCCCUGCUGCUGGAGGACGAGGCCUGCUGGCUGAGGACACUGCCCCCGGCCCUGACCAAGGACGAGGCCAACAUGGAGAUCUACAGGAAGGACGAAGCCCUCUGGUGCAGGCUCACCAAGCCGGUGCCGGCUGGUGGACUGCUGAGCGUGCGCCUCGCGGCUGAGCCCCGCGGGGCCCCCAGCCACCCUGUGAAGGAGGAGCCGGCGGAGCCUGAGGGCCCGGCCUCGUCACACACCGACAUCCAGCUCCUGCCCCAGCAGGCCGGCAUGGCGUCCAUCCUGGCCACGGCGGUCAUCAACAAAGACGUCUUCCCGUGCAAGGACUGCGGCAUCUGGUACCGGAGCGAGCGGAACCUGCAAGCCCACCUCCUCUACUACUGCGCCAGCCGCCAGAGCGCCGGCUCCCCCGCCGCGGCCGCCACCGACGAGAAGCCCAAGGAGACCUACCCCAACGAGCGCGUGUGCCCCUUCCCCCAGUGCCGCAAAAGCUGCCCCAGUGCCAGCUCCCUGGAGAUCCACAUGCGCAGCCACAGCGGAGAACGUCCCUUCGUGUGUCUGAUCUGCCUGUCGGCCUUCACCACCAAGGCCAACUGUGAGCGGCACCUCAAGGUGCACACAGACACCCUGAGUGGUGUUUGCCACAGCUGUGGCUUCAUCUCCACCACAAGGGACAUUCUCUACAGCCACCUGGUGACCAACCACAUGGUCUGCCAGCCUGGCUCUAAAGCUGAGAUCUACUCACCAGGAGCCGGACACCCUGCAGCCAAGCUUCCCCCAGACAGCCUGGCCAGCUUCCAGCAGCACGCAGCCCUGCAUGGGCCCCUGGCCCCCACCGACCUAGGCCUGGAGCCCACCCCACAGCCAGGACUAGACAGGAAGAUCCUGGCCGAGGCCACAAACGGAGAGACCAAGGCGGUGCCCCAAAACGGGGGCAGUAGCGAGCCUCCGGCGGCCCCCAGGAGCAUCAAGGUGGAAGCAGCAGAGGAGCCCGAGGCAGAGCCAGGACCCCGGGUCCCCUCACGGACGCCGUCACCGCCCAGCCCCGCCCAGGCCAGGGUGAAAGCGGAGAUCUCCAGUCCCACGCCGGGUUCCAGCCCGGGUCCUGGCGAGCUGGGCCGCCCCGGUGAGCUGGGCCUGGCGGCCGGCGCGCUCCUCCUGCCACAGUUCCCCGCCGCGCCCCCCGCCUCGGAGAUCCUGGCCAAGAUGUCCGAGCUGGUGCACAGCCGGCUGCAGGCGGGCGCGGGCGCGCAGGCCGGCCUCUUCGCGGGGGCCCCGAAGGGCGCCACGUGCUUCGAGUGCGACAUCACCUUCAACAACGUCAACAACUUCUACGUGCACAAGCGCCUCUACUGCUCCGGCCGCCGCCCGCCGGACGACGCGCCCUCCGCCCGCAGGCCUAGGGUUUCCCCCAACCCGGCGCGCGCGCCCCCCGACCCGCCGCCCGCCGAGCCCGACGCGGCGCGCUCCUCGCCGGGCCCCGGGGCGCGCGAGGACGAGGCUGGGGGCGCGGCCACGCCCGAGGCCGAGGCGGGGGGCCGGGGCAGCGAGGGCAGCCCGAGCCCGGGCAGCGGGGCGGACGAGGACGACGACCCCCGCCGGACGCUCCUCGAGGCCUACCUGGCGCACAAGCGCUUCUCGUGCCCCGCCGCCCCGCGCCACCUGCGCGCACGCCCGGACCCGCGCCCCUGCGGCCCGCCGAACGGCGCGGCGCGCGGGGACCUGGCGCGCGGGGACCUGGCCGAGCACCUCCGCCUGGCGCACGGCCUGCUGCUGGCCCCGCCUCCGGCCGAGCCCCGGACGCCCUCGCCCGUCCCCCGCGACGGUCUCAACGGCCAGGAGCUGCGCGAGCCACCGGGCCCCGCCGCCGGCAGCCCCCGGCCCGGCCCCGCCCCGUCCCCCGAGCGGCCGCGCCCGCCCACGCCGCCCUCGCUCUCGGACAAGGGCGCGCAGACCCCCGGCAAGGGGGCACCGGCGCCCGGCGGCAGCCACAGGUACUGCCGCCUGUGCAACAUCAGGUUCAGCAGCCUGUCCACCUUCAUCGCCCACAAGAAGUAUUACUGCUCCUCGCACGCGGCCGAGCACGUGAAGUGA